UCUACGCCUCAAAUAAAAUUAGUUCCAUGGAAAAACACUGGCAAUCUUUGCAAAUUAUUUUGCAAAAAGUGGUUUGAGACGAAAUAAAUGAAUUCUAUAUUGACUCGGCUCCUGGGGAUGGAAUUAUUAUGAGACUGAGCUACAAGAAUUCGCGAAUUAGGGAUUGUUAUUCCCUAAAUUCCAAAUGAAAAUGGCCUCGUUAAUUGAUUACAAUUGUGCGAGAUUUAUAUUUUAUUUGGUUAACGUUUUUCCUCUCGACAAUUGGUUGAGUGACACUGCCGCUAAUGCAUAUUUCAGGUCGAUGAUUCUUUAGGCUAUUAUUGUGGCUUUUAUUUUCCAUGCAAUCAGUAAUGUCCAACAGGUCGAUAAUAUUUCUCGUGAAUUAUUGAUCAAACUAUUUCUGGCAUUGGAUUCGAGAAAACAAACCAGGGCGUUAAUUUUGUUUGACGAUGUAUCAUUGAUUAGUUUAUUUUCGGGGUCUCAUUUUCUGAUAAAUUUGUCUUUCGGAAACAUGGAGGAAGCGGAGGACCGUUCCCGAUCUCCGUCCAAGUAUAAAGCGGUCAUGACCCCUGAAGGGAUGUCGAAGAGGACUCAUUUCACUGCUGACGAGGUUCGGUCCUUGCAAGCCCUUUAUAAGGAUUCUACUCUUGAAGGAAAAAUGGAUCGACUCCGCUUCCGAGAGAUAAUUCAUACCACCUUCGAUAUCACGGAUGAUGUCAUGCUUGACCGCAUUUUCCGUGCUUUCGACACCAACAACGACGCCUUGGUGGAUGAGACGGAAUGGAUGUUGGGCUUGUCCAUCUUCCUCCUCGGGAGUUUGGACGAGCACAUCAACUUUGCCUAUUUUUGCUAUGACAUCAACGGAGACCGGUCACUGGCUCGGGAAGAGUUGUACCAUUGUCUUAAAAACUGUCUAAUUCGAACCUCCGGCAUUGAGGAGGAUGUCGAGGAGAGUGUGAAGGAAAUCGUCGAAAUUGCAAUGCGUAAACUUGACACGGACAGAAAUGGACAAAUAACAUUUCCCGAUUUCCAAGCCGCCGUCAUAGGAGAUCCACUACUUUUGGAAGCUUGUGGCCCCUGCCUCCCCACCCCGAAGGCCGUGGCUGCCUUUUUUAUCCAGCUCAAGACAAAGUAUCAGCCUCAGGGGGGUGGGAACAGUAGUCGAAGACAGCAAAACCAGGGGACUGUUCUUUCCAGAAGGAGAAGGAUGCGAAGGUCCAGCUCGUUUAAUCCAAUCAUUACUGAUUAGACGAUAAAUAAUAAUAAUAUGUAGUUUCUCUAUUAUGAAUUGAAAAUAUUUGAACCAGUUGAACGGGAAUAUAUUUAUGCAGAUAUCUAGAUAGAAAACUGCAGUCCGACUACUAAUUUGUGUAGAAAGCAGUCCAUGAAACGGGACGAAAUUCGUACUGUAUGGUACAAUAUUUAAUACUUCGCAUCGGGUCUCUUAUGAAGCACAUUACGCAGUUCUGCCAAUUGACCUUUGUUACCUCCAUCCGUAUAGGAAAAGUAGGAAUGACUAAUAAAAAUGACCCCAUAUGUAAUUAAGAUCACAUCUAAGUGCACAAGUAGUGCAACUAUAAUAAAAAAAAUAUUAUGUAUGCUAAAUUUGUUCCG